UAUUUUUAUUUUAUUCUCUCCAUCAAGUUUUUUGACUGUUGUUGACUUCGCUCAUGAUACAUGAGUCAAGUGGAUUAGAAAUGAAUAUUGCUUCCAUUUAAAGAAAGAUUUCUGUUUUAAGACAAAUUUACAACUGCAUUGAAUGCCCUACGCAAUGCAUUCAUUUGAAUCAAAUUCCUCGAAUGUCCCGGCUUUCCUUGUAAAGCUGUGGAAAUUAGUGGAAGAUCCAAAUUGCGAUGAUUUAAUUGCUUGGAGUGAUAGUGGGUAUAGUUUUAUCAUAAAAGAUCAAGCAAGAUUUGCCAAAGAAUUGUUGCCACAAUACUUCAAACAUAAUAACAUGGCCAGUUUCAUUCGUCAACUAAAUAUGUAUGGCUUUAAAAAAGUGAUGAAUUAUGAAAAAACCGGAUUGCGAAAUGAAAAUAAUGAAAUGGAGUUUCAGCAUGGAUUUUUUAUAAAAGAGAGAAGUGAACUUUUGGAACUUAUUAAAAGGAAGAUUUCAAAUCCUAAAGUACCUGAUCCUCCCUCAAAAACGAAUGCAAAGGAUAUUUUAAUAGAUUUAACUUCUAUUCGUGAGAAACAAGAAAAUAUGGAUAGUAUGCUUUUAAAAAUGAAACAAGAAAAUGAACUCCUCUGGAGGGAGUUGACAACUAUGAGACAGAAGCAUAAAGCUCAAGAACAAAUUAUUCAGAAAGUUAUUCAAUUCUUGGUAUCGAUUGUGCAGAGGAGUGGGAAUCAGAAUAUGGGUGUUGGUGUGCAGAGAAAAAUUACAAGAAUGAUUCAUGACAGCCCUAAAACAACUUCAUCGCAAGUUUCCAGAACCAUUGAUGUUUUACGAAAUAAAAAUUCAGAAUGUAUAAUUGUUCCAGAGCAGAUUGUUAGUCCAUUGGGACCUGUUAUACAUGAAGUAACAGAUAAUGAUCAUGAUGAAGCAAAUCAUAGUCCUGUAUCUGUUGUAAAAUCGCCUGCUGUGAUUCAUGUUGCUGAAUCUCCAGCUAAUAAAAAUGAAAGUGAUGGUAACAGUAAACCUAGUUUUCCUCUUGUUUCAAAAUCAAGUAAAACUGCUUCAACUGCAAAUAAUUUAAAUGUACCUGUGCAGCAACUAGGAAUUCUUGAAGCUUUACAGCAGAGAUCUCCAGCAACAAAUAAAGAGGAAACCAAUCCAAGCGAAUCAAUAUUAGGGAUUCCUUUAGAAUAUAUAACAGAUCAAGAGAAUGCUGAAGUGGCAAAUGUCAUAUCAAUACCAGAAGAUGAUACAGUGUGCAAUGUCAUAUCAAUACCUGAAGAUGAUAAUAUUGGAAAUGUUAUUUCAAUCCCAGAAGGCAGUACCAUCAGUGAUAUUAUUCCCAUCUCAAAACUGAGUAAUGUUAUCUCUAUUCCUGAUAAAGAAGCUAUCAGCACCAUCCCAACAACUCCAUUGAGCAAUGCUAAUGACAGUAUCUUUACAGGCUCAGAAUUUUUUAAUUCACCAGACAUUGCUGCAUUUAGUGAAUUGCAACCUAGUACCUCAAACGAAAGUAGUUCUCAGGGUUUGCGAUCGUCUCUUUCAAAAACUGACUUUGUUGAUAGCCUUUUAUCAGAAUCAUUGCAAACACCUAAAGUUAUCACUUCUGAUGAUGAUAUGUGUAAUUCUGCAAGAGAAACUAAGACUGAGAUAAUUAAGAAAGAAGAAAUAGAGCCUUCAGCUACCAAGAAUCCUACUCAUGAGGAACAUAAUUAUCAGAUAACAACUACCGAGUCAUCUUCAAAUUUAGUGAAAAAUGCUCUAACUAAUCAUCUGCUAUCUGUUGAUGAGAAAUUAAACUAUGCACAAGACCAAUUAGCAUCUGGCCCUUGGAAUCUUGAUGUUCAAAAUCUUCUUGGGGUAUGUGGCUCACCGAAUAGUUGGACUUCUCUUGAUCCCCAGCUUUUCAGUAGUGAUGAACUUGCCAACUAUGAUGCUUUUACGAGUAGUCUACCUGAUGACAUAUGUAUAAAAACCGAAACAAAUGAUAUUAUGGGAAAUGAAAUCGUCCAGUUUACUCCCAACAUGCUAGAAGUUGAAAUGGAUAUAGAGAAUUCACCUCUAUUUGAAGCUCUUAAUCAGGAUGCUGAGGUCCCUAGCAGUGACUUUAAUUACCAAACAGAACCUCUGCUAGAUGUAUUAAAAGACACUGUUAUUUCUGAAGAUCCGAACUUCUCAACAAAUCAAGUCACAACGGACGAUACUUCUCAAAAACGGAAAAAAAGUUCACCCAGAACACCAAAAAACAAACGCCGUAAAGCAAAAUGAAAUUUUUUAAAAUAUGAUUUUAUUCCAUAAGGAAUAUCACUUUUUUUGAAGCCUUGUACAUAAGUUGGAAGCUGUGUACUGUCUUCAUUUCCUCCAGCUAUAUAACACUAUGCACAUAUUAACAGUACUAGAAAAAUGAAACUGAUAUGGUUUUUUUUGGUAAACUUUGUAUAUUCUUACACGCAUUGCUAAAUCUUGAAAGGCUCCCAAUGGAAUAAGGAGGCAAUAUUUGUUUUUAAGUUUUAUGUUUAUACUGUUGUGAAUUCAUUAUAUUAAGAUUAUAUUCUCAUGUGAUAUCCAUGCCGAAACAAUUAUUUUCUUAAUUUUCUGUAUAUACCAUCAUGAACUCUGGAAAAAGUAAACUAAUGAAACAAAAUAAAUUAUUCUUCCUACAAUCAUUAACUUAAACAGUUCAGAAGCAUUCAUUGCAUAAAUUUCUACUGCAAUAUAAAGUCUGAUGUUAAAUCAUAAUAGUAUUAAAGAUUUUACUGUAUAUUUUUAUUGCUUAAAAAAACUUAACAUAGAAACAAUAAAUGGUUUUCCACACUAUUCAGUAUUUCUCAUUUUUGUAUUAUUAUUUUCAUAAUAUGCUAAACAUUGUGGUAAGUUGUUUUUGCUAAUUUUUUUUAAAUUUUCACUUAUACAUAGCAAAGACAUUUUUUUUUUUUUUAUUUUGGGAAUGAGCUGUAAAUAAUUAUAAAAGAUUAUAAUGAAUGAUUCUACAUGUAUUUUUCACUUGUGUUCAAAUGUUAAAUUAUUUUUAGUCUUGUUAUUUCGUGCAUCUGUACUUAAGGAUUAAUUGUUCCUCUGAACAUAUUAUGUUCAAAAAUUACAUAAAAUUCCAACGAGCAAGAAGAAUUUAUACAUAUGUUGUCAGUAUUUUUUUUUAAAUCUUUGUUGUAUUCUUUAUUAUAUUUUAUAGAUUUAAAUAAUUGUAAAUUAUUCUCAUUCUUUUCUUGAGCACAUAACUACCUACAGUUUGAUUUUUAAUUCGUAAUGUUUACUAAAUAUAAUUUAUAAGAAGCUUAUAGAUCUGUUCUGACUACUUAACUUCAUUCAUAUUUUUGUGUAAAUAAAAUUUCUUCGAAAUUUAUGUGUUUAGCAAUUUUAAAAAGAAAAAUUUCUAUACAUUUAAUUUAUUUUGCAAAAUUUAUAGAUUGUAAGAAAGAGAAAAAUGAAUGCUUCCUGGACCUAAUUUUUCAGUCAAAAUUAUUGAACUAAUUUUUCAAAUAAUGUAAAUCUAAUAGUAUACAAAGUAUAUUGUAACAAAGUAUUUUAUUAAAUUAUUUUGGAAUUAAAUCUGCUGUGAAAUAUGUUUCAGUCACAUAAAUCCUUGUUAAAUGGAUCACAAUAGUUACUGCUAAACUGUAUAUGUAGCAGUUGAGAAUGGAAUAAAAUUAUUUUCUAAAACAA